AUGUCGCUAUCAGCAGCAAUCGACCAGGAGGCCAAGGAGCUGCGAAGGGACUUCGAGCAGAACAACUCGCGCAAGAAGUCGACCUUGCCCCCGCUCCCUGCUCCAGCCCCGACCACACCUGUCACUCCUACGAGCCCCGUCUUGCCUUACAGGACUAUGGCUCCCACACCCGCCACGCGUCACAAGCCGGCAUUCCCUGGUGAUCUUGGUCCCGGUGACCCACGUCGCAGCUCUAGACUGCCAGGCGACCUUGGUCCAGGAGAUCCCAGACGCAGUAGCAACAGACCCCCAAUNUCAGAUGGCACUCGCUCAGCAGCACGCAGUCUGAGUCCCACUCGCAGCAGCAUCAUCAACCUACACCCUAACGACAAGUCNCCCUCGCAGCGCAGACUAUCAGACGCCGGCUCUAUUCGUCCCCAGCUCGGAAACGGGGGUGUGCGCUUGCAAAAGGACUACGACAAUGAGUCUGCCAGCAGCGACGAAGACAGCAGCGAUGAACAAGACACCGACCACGAAUCCUCGCGAGGCAGAGGCCGCGCUAGAGUUGGCAAUGCUGUUGGCGCCGGUCAAGAUAGCGAUGAUGAUGAACCAUCACCUCCUCUGAAUGCUGACCCCACCAUCACCGUUACUCCGCCCUCGACAGACCAGCCCUCCUCAUCCUCAUCCUCAUCCUACUCCUCCCGAAAGCCCGACGUCCACCCCAGCACCGCCUUCGACUUUGCUGCAUCAUCUACCUCGACUCCUGUACACUCAGACGACGAAGAACAUCUCUCCGAUCUGCGCCGCGCCCAACGCCUCUCACUCAAUAUUUCUCCCAUCCACAGCACNCCCUCCGCACAUCGUGUCAUUCGUCAGAUCAUCCGUGGCGACUACCUCUACUUUCAGCGUCAAGCUGAAGAAGGCCGUAGGAGGCAAAGAGUCUACCUUGUCGCUACCGAUCUAUCUUCCGAAGCCGAGUAUGCUCUCGAGUGGACUAUCGGUACUGUUUUGCGUGAUGGCGAUACUCUAUUGGCGGUAUAUGCAGUCGACGAGGAAGCCGGCACUGGUGGUGUUUCCGAAGGUGUUGAGAUUGGACACGGUGCCGACGUCGUCAAGGAUACAGCUACUAUCGUGCGCUCCAUGACUGCAGAGAGUAUGACUCCUGCAACCCUGCCGCGAGAUAGCAGCACCGCGAGAAUGGCCUUCACCGAGAGAAAGGACAUGUCCAAGGCCGAGCAAGACCGUUUCCGCGCCGCUGAGGAUAUCAGUCAGCGUUGUGUUAAAUUACUUCGCAAGACUAGGCUUCAGGUUCGUGUUGUGGUAGAGGUCUUCCACUGCAAGAGUCCUAGACAUAUGAUCACCGAGGUGAUCGACUUCCUGUCCCCCACUCUUACCAUCCUUGGAUCAAGAGGCCGCUCCCAAUUGAAAGGUGUCCUGCUCGGUUCCUUUAGUAACUACCUUGUGACCAAGUCCAGCGUGCCAGUCAUGGUUGCCAGAAAACGACUUAGGAAACACUCCAAGCAACGUCUACACAAGGAUGGACUCCCAGUCUCUCAAGCCGGUGACGGGAGAAUGCGCUAUAUUAGAAUGUCUAAUGUUCUGGAAGCACCCGGUACAAAGCCUAGAGCUAGAGGCCUGGCUGGAGCCAAGAUUGAUUGA